GAUUUACAAAAAAGAUCCGAGAACUUAAAGAGCAAUUUACGAAGCUCGGAUAUUUUAAAUCUUCAAAACUUUAUUAUUUAUAUAAAAGUACCUCUAACAUAAUUCUCUGGUCUAUAUCGGUCAUGAUCUUGAAAUCAUUUGGUAAUACAUUAUCUGGCGUCCUCGCUGCUGCCGCAGUAAUGGCAUUGUUUUGGCAGCAGUGUGGUUGGUUAUCACAUGACUUUUUGCAUCAUCAAGUAUUUGAAAAAAGGCGUUACAAUGAUUGGGUUGGAUGUUUUUUUGGUGCGGUUUGUCAAGGUUUUGAUCCUUCACCAAAUGUCCAUGGACAAGAUCCUGACAUUGAUACACAUCCUAUUCUAAGUUGGUCUGAACAUGCAUUAACGGAUUUGUUUGAUCCAGAGUUAGCAAGAGAACAUGCAAAAGCUUAUCCUCAAUGGUUAACUCGCAUCAUGGUCAACAACCAAACUAUAAAUUACUUUCCAAUUCUUGCAUUUGCUAGACUGUCUUGGUGUGCUCAAAGUAUUCAAUACGUUCUUCCAAAUGGUCAAACUGGAAGUAUUGGAGAUGCUCGUAUGCAAGUGACAACACUUGAACAGAUCUGUUUGGCUUUACAUUAUAUUUGGCUUUUUUAUAUCUUAUCAUUUGUCGGAAGUUGGAUUUUAGUUUUUGUAUUUAUCAUUUCAGCACAAGCGAUGU